CACCAAGCAAACAUUAAUUAAAUUAAAAUUUGGCCAGAUAACCUAUCGCCUUCAACCUCACACUUGACUUAUUUUUCCCACUCUAAGAUUCCAUAGUCUUAUCUGAAGUAGUCGCGCGCGGGAAAAGGUAGAAUCAAGAUGGCCGCCAAUGUUAGAAUGGAACCUUCAGCUGUCUAUAAGGUGAAGCACAUGAGGCCACAUUUUACCAUUCGUUUUCCAGAGGAGUUGAUUUGAAGAAAACUGUGCGCUUUUACAAUGAAUACAGAGGCCAAACAAAGAGGUACCAAAUCUGAGAAGGAGAGAAGGGCUAGACAUGCUGCAAUCUGUAGAGAGUCUCGACAGAGAAUCAAAACGAAGCGUGAGCAACUUGAACGAGAGAUCCCAAUGUUGAAGACUGAAUCCCGGAAUAUGAAAAUGGAGUUUGAGAAUUACAAAUCUAACACAGAGCUUGAGCUCCGACAACUUAGGAGAACUAUUGUGGAACAGAAAGCAAGCGAGGAAUUGAUGAAGCAACUCUUCAUUCAUUUGAUGGCAUACCAUGGGCAUAACUUUGGUUCUUUUGACCAGGCAGUAAAAUGGUUUGCGUCGCAGAAUUAUGCGGGAGGUGGUCAAGUUUCAAGAGCCUCUGGAACUGGUUUACAGAAUGUUAAUAAUAGAUUGGUGGGAUCAGUACCGGUUCCAACAAUCGACUUUCAAGCUUCGAUGGUUGAUUGUGAUCAGCAAAUGUGUUUUGGUAAUUAUAUAACCCUUGAGCCACGCCUUGAUUACAUUGCUUGGUAUUUUGUAUUAGUAGACUUGUAA